AUGAUGAACCCCAAUAAUCCCGUUGCACCCCUAUCUGGGGUUAAUGGAAAGAAGAAGCAUAAACGAAGUCUCUCACUUACAGCCUGUUUCCCCGUGAGAAAGACAUUUAGGCAGUGGGGGAGAGAGGAUUUAUUAGCUCGCAUUCAGAGAAAUACUAACCGCCGUUGUUUUACUCUUCCCCCUCGAACCUCCCCUAUCAUGGAUGUAAUCGAUCAUGUUGAUGACAAUAUCUCUGUCCCGUCGGUUUCGGCUGCAAUCGCCUCUGAAACUGAUCAACACCUCACUCGACGAUCAUGGAAUUUGCCUAUCCGAAUGCCUCGCGGUACAUUAAAACGCCCGCGUAAACAGGCUGAAACAAACCAGAGUUUUCUACGUGGAGCAAGAUCUGGAAAUAUUCAAAAAGUUACAGAAUACCUCAAUUCAGAUGUGGAUAUCAACGCCGUUAGCUCGGUAAGCUAA